AUGAAUCAUUAUUUUUCAAUUGAACUUUCAACUCUUGCAAGUAUAUAUGAUCUCUAUAUUGACUUCCCUCAACAAAAAAUAACAAUAAUUGGGUGGGCAGAUUCUGAAAAAAUAGCGAAAGCAAUUAAGAAGACAAGGAAGAUUGCCACCAUUUGCAACAUUGAACCAAUUGAGUCUCCAUCUCAACCAGAAGAACCAUCAUCUCAACCAACAGAACCAAAACCUGAAGAAAAUGAUGCACAAAACCAUGAAGCAACACAACCUGUAGAAAUUUCACCAACUCAAGCAGAAUCCCAAGAGGAGCCCCCAAAAGAAACACCACCUGAGGCAACACCAUCACCAAUACAUGCAGGGAAUAAUCAAAACCAGCAAUCACCAAGAACCAAGGAUGUAGGAGAGGUUCAUGUGAUGCACCACAAUCCAACCAACUUUGGAAACAGAUUUGGUUCUGGCCACAACUAUGCUGGACAUUGGGGAGAUAGAUAUAGAUACCAUAAUAGUCCAACAUUUCUUCAAGAGCCACCCCAACCAAUGUAUGUGACACUCAGUUUAUAA